GAGAAAAUGGUUUUUAUUUUAACGAAAUUAUUUAACUUACAUUAUCUUAUUUUAACACAAUAAAAAUAUAUGUGGUAGUUAACCAGUUCCUCAUGUAGUGGGAUUUAAGAUGAAAGUGCGUUUUAAUCGUAAUGGCUAUUUUUUGUCGCAGAAUUUAUUACAAGUAUGGCAAGUGCUUGUUGAUAACAAUUUUGAUAGCAUUUUUUGCUCAAAUUCUCAUAGCUAUUAACUAUUUUCCUUCUGUUAAUGACAACCUACUAUACAAUGCAUAUAAAUCUUCUGCCAAGCAAGAGUUGGGGGACGUUUCGGCUCGAAAAAUUGGUCCGGGUUUCGACGAUGACGAAGAUUUCCCGGCGAAAGCAAAGGCUCAAAAUAAACCUGUCGCUCAUCUGCGGUUAGAAGAACUAGAUUUUAAGCCUAUUUGCGAAAUAAGAAGUCGAGAAGCAAUUUCUGCCAUUCACAGGGCUAAGACGCAAUCUUGUAAGGAGCAAAUAGUUAAUAAAACUUGCUUGAUUCAGGCUGGAAGUUUUUACCCUAGAUCAUUACCAAACAAUUGCCAAGGCAAAGGAAUGACUUAUGGAAAGCAUUUAGGUUGCUACCAAGAUGAGAAGAAGCUAAGAAUUCUUUCUAGUUUUUAUGGAAAUUAUGCUAGUACUAAUUCUAGGGUGGCUUGUUUGGACAUCUGUGUACAAGCAGGAUUUCCUUAUGCUGGUGUUCAGUAUGCUUCUGAGUGUUUCUGUGGAGAGAAUGUCCCUUCAGCAUCAGCCAAGAUAUCUGAUGCUGCAUGUGACAUGAAAUGUCCUGCUGAUCCCUCCAGUACCUGUGGUGGAUACUUUACAAUGAAUGUCUUUGAAACUGGACUUGCUAAAUUCAACUUGGUUACGCCAGCAGUUUCCAGGAGCAGCAAUGAACCAGUCAGGAUUAUAUUUCUGCUAACAUUAAACGGACGCGCCUUACGACAAGUUCACCGUCUAAUCAAUGCUCUCUACAGAACAAGUCACUAUUUCUACAUACAUAUUGAUGCGCGCCAAGACUACUUGUUCAGGAAAUUGUUAGCUUUAGAAAAACAAUUCUCAAAUAUCAAACUGGCCAGAAAAAGAUUUUCCACCAUCUGGGGUGGAGCAUCGUUGCUUACUAUGCUUUUAACAUCUAUGAAAGAUAUUAGAAACUUGGGUUGGCAAUGGGACUUUGUAAUCAACUUAAGUGAGAGUGACUUCCCAAUAAAGUCUCUUGAAAAUAUGGAAAGCUUCUUAGCUGCUAAUAAAGGCCUCAAUUUUGUGAAAAGUCAUGGAAGGGAAGUUCAGAGGUUUAUUAAGAAACAAGGGCUCGAUAAAACUUUCAUUGAAUGUGAAACUCACAUGUGGCGUGUAGGCGAGAGGAAACUACCUAGAGGAAUAAUCAUUGAUGGUGGAAGUGAUUGGAUCGCGUUGUCCCCUGAAUUCGUUGAUUACGUAAUCGGCGAACAAGAUCAAUUGCUGGCCGGAUUGGACGUUGUUUUUCAGCACACUCUUUUACCAGCUGAAUCAUACUUUCACACUGUUUUAAGAAAUUCUCAUUUUUGUAAUACUUACGUCGACAACAACUUACAUGUCACCAACUGGAAAAGAAAAUUAGGCUGCAAAUGCCAGUACAAACAUGUGGUUGAUUGGUGUGGAUGCUCUCCUAAUGAUUUCAAAACUGAAGACUGGCCAAGAAUUCAGAACACUCAAGACAGACAGUUAUUUUUUGCAAGAAAAUUUGAACCUAUUAUUAAUCAGGAAAUUAUUACUAGAGUUGAAAGUUUUAUUGGAUUCAAUGACCAUCACCUAAUACCAAAUUUGGAAGCUUAUUGGCAGAGCAUUUAUAACACAGAUGAUCUCACAGCUAGCACAGAUGAUACCUUAUUGACACAUGCAGAAAGCAUAAUUCGACAGAAUGGUAAAAUUUUACUUGAUAAGGGGUGCUCUUUAGAUACCGAUGAGAUUAUUGAAAUAAAUACGUAUAAUUUUGCAGAUGUAUAUAAAGGAAAUCUAAUAUUGCACAAAGCAUUUACAGAGAAUGGAGAUAGUGUGUUGAUGGAGACUUGGUAUAAGCCACAAAAACAUUUAGAGUUAAAUUUUGAAAGUAGUUAUGUAGAAAAUGUUAAGAUAUUUAAAGUAAGCUCACAGUAUGACCAAAAAGAAAUGAUUUUUAGAAAUUUAGGUUCUAUUUUGGGUCCUCUAUCUGAACCGAAUUUGUUAUAUCGGUUUGCGCCUCAUUUUGACAAGCAAUUCGAAAAUUUGACUGUUCUCUGGAUGGACCCUGCGGGGUUAAUCGCGGAUAUCAAUUAUAUCCAUCUAGAAGAAAAUAAUCUCACCAAUUUUAUCAAACCCAGCCUCAAGGUGCCACUCUUGCCUGGGGUUUGGAAAGUAGGUCUAUUUGAAAGUAAGUCAAACCUAAUAGCAUUAACAAAAUUCCUGAUUACACCAUUACAGUAUUUCUCGGGAAAAGAACUGUCUCAUCAAGAAGCAAAUAUAAUACACAGUGGAUCACAGAGUGCUUAUAAAAACUUUUCUCAUAUAAAGCCUCUUAACUUUUUACCUGGUCAUGAUGAUAGUUUAUUGUUACAAAAAAUUUCUUCUUCCAAUACGAAAAGAAUACAGCAGGAUUUGAGAGAGUGGAUAGAUGGAUUAACUUCGGAAUUUUACAAUGUAUUAGGUUCAUGUGUAGCUUCAACUGUUAACAAUCAGGACCAAAAUUUUAUUUGUGGUAAGCACACAUUCGAGCACUGCAAAUCCACAGAAUGGAGCUCCUUGUCACCAGAUCCUAAAGGGUCUAUAGGUAAAUUAAAUAUUAAGACUGGUCGCCUUGAAAGGGUAUGACGAAUACUUAAACAUAUUAAACGAGCUAUGGUAUUACUGAAGUAUUAGGUAUGAGUUGUGACAUUAUAAAGUGGUUAUAUUUAUUAGCAAAAUUAUGUUUUAAAUAUUAAAUCUGUUUUUUUUUUGUCUUUUUAAAUAACUAAGGUACAUAUAGAAAGGCCAAUCAAUCUGUUGUAAACCAUAGCCCAACUACACUAAUUAAAGAUUGGUUAGGUAGGUACUAAACGAAUACGCCAAGACUCAUUUUGUGCAAUGAUUGUUUUUUAUUAAGUACUAAAUGACGCUAAACCUAAUAAAUUGGUGUCGCCAUAUUCUUUGACGAUCUGUAUCUGUAAGUCCAAAUCUAUAGAUAGUAUCUGUUCAUUCAAUAAUCUGUUGUUAUAUGGCCAUAUGGUGCAUUUACCUAGUUUGUUGUUUGUGUUUCGUUCAUUACAAUAAUUACGGACCUAUAUGAAACCCAAAUACUCGCCUAGUUACUUUAUCACAUUUAUAUUUAAGUCUAGUGAAAGGUCCCACUUCGUCGUAUGAAAUAGGUCUAGAUUUGCUUGUAACUUUAUACGAAUAAUAUAUAAUAACGUGACAAAGUGUCCUUAUGGCAAGCGAAGAAGUGGGACUUUUUGAUGGGGAACUGCACAUUUAAUUAAAUAUUUUAUUCUAAGAUGAUCAAAAAGGACCUUAACAGCUCUAAGGCCCAACACUUAUGUAUCGUAUUAAUUGAAUAUCAUUCCAACGAAGACAUAAACUCUGCUUUAUUGUCAACCUUAACCAUUUGUGUAGAAAAUAGUUAAUUUAAUGUAUCUAAAUAUGUAAUGGCCCAAUUAUGUUAUUAAACUAAGUUUAUCCAUACUAUAUUAUAUAUACUAUUAUAAACGGGAAAGUGUGUGUGUCUGUUUGUUUGUCAGUCUUUCACGGCAAAACGAAACGACGAAUUGACGUGAUUUUUUAAGUGGAGAUAGUUGAAGGGAUGGGAGAGUGACAUAGGCUAUUACUUUUUGUCUCUUUCUAAAGCGAGCAAAGCCGCGGGCAAAAGCUAGUUUUAUAUAGUUACACUGAAGACGUUUGAAGGUGUGAUCAGAUCAAAAACCUAGUCCUCUUUAAGUACCUAAUAAUAGACGCAUUUCUAAUAUUUCUAUUCUAGUCGGACGCACAAAGGGUCGUUGAACAAAUAAAUUAAACUUGCGAAAAAGGUCCAGUAUAUUUUCACCAUAAGUAAAUUGUAACCAGAAGGAAUAAGAGAAAUUUAGGAAGAUGUAACAACCUCUUUUUAGGCUGCGGUCUGAGUGGCAAAUCGAGGACGGUCAUGCAAUGCGCAAGAUUUACCUCCCGCCGCUUAUGUAUAUAAGUAUAUAUUUAUUUAUUUAAGUAUGUAUAUCGUCGCUUAGCACCCAUAUAGUAAUACAAGCUUUGCUUAAUUUGGGGCUAAGUUGAUCUGUGUAAGGUGUCCCCAAUAUUUAUUUAUUUAUUUGAAGUGAACGUCUGCUAAAAACGCCUUAUUAAUUAAUCGAGAUGAAGCCGUUUUAAAAACUAACUUUACCGUCCAAAUUCAUAAAAAUCUCAAU